UCAGUAUGUUUUCGCUUAUAGCUAAUACAGCUUAAAGUUUGCUUGAUUUCUCUACUAUGUCCCGGGAAGUAUUGUGUUACUGACCUAUACCUACAUGAAUGAGAUGUUAACCAAUCACACAAUCAUUUUGCAUUGAGGUUCGGUUGUAAAUAAGCGAUUACUCCCAGUCUCGUUUGAUCAAGGAAACAACGCUGCUGAUGCAGAAGAAAUCUAGUUGUGUGAUUCUAAUGGGUAUAUUGUGCCGAGUAAAGUGCAUUUCACCCACUGCGGGAUAAUAAACAUUUGCCAAAAAGUAAAUGUGGAAGGAAGUCAAUAACACAUUUAACGCAGUCGAAUUGCUCAUAAAUCUAAAAUUGCUGGUAAACAUCCGAACUUAGAAUGGAAAAAAAGACAACGUGCUGCAGUAACCCAGCUGGUCAGGCGGCAUGCCUUUGAUAGCAAUUUUCCAGUUCAGUGGAUCUAUGGCGCUAAUGAAAUCCAAUCUUGUGAAUAGACCGGAUCCAAGCAAUAUUUCGCUCCGUGUUGAGGUUUGGAUUCACUCCAAGAAGUAGUCUAGCCCACUUCCUUAUAAGGACAUAUUAAAUUUCAGAUAUAUGUUUAAUGUGUUCUAUCCUGCAACGAAGAACAAGGGGGGCAAGCCUGAGAGCUACAUUCAGCUACAAAUGUGAACUCAACGACAAAUACUGGCAAGGAGAAACAGCGGCAAGACAACCUCAGUCUGAGAUGUGUGGCAGGUGCUAUUUUAGCAACUUCAAACUAUCAGACAGGAAUUCUGUUCGAGAGGCAGCGAUUGAGCUCGAGUAAAAAGGUUUGGAAGAAAUCAACUGUUGAACGACGAUUAAAUGUCGAUCGGUUGACUCUCUAACUGGAACCACCCUUGUGUAAAUCAGUGAGAAGUGGCAGCUGCGGAUUUUGAACGUGCUUCGAAAUGCCACCCAAUCUGUCUCUUUCUGAAAUGGAUUUAACGCAAGAGUUUCCUUAAUCCCUCGACGCUGCCCUAGCUUUUAGCUGGCGAGUUUUUGAGGACGCGAGUUCUGCCAUGAUGGUUCGAGCCUUCCUAUUCCAUGUGUGCAUUUUCCUGUUUACUCAAGUUUUACCGUUCUUCUGCUUGCAAAAACUUGACAUUGACAAUGAAACAAUUGUGAAGAUUUCCACGGCUGGACAAUUGAUGCAGUGCUCAGCGGCCAUCGAUUUACUGUUCAUGUUGGAUGGAUCAUACAGUAUCGGCAAGGGCAGCUUUGAGAGAUCCAAACAUGUUGCACUCAAACUUUGUGAUGCUCUGGAUAUAAAUCCUGGCAGGGUCAGAGUUGGAGCAAUUCAAUAUAGUUCAACGCUUAAAGUUGAAUUUUAUCUGAAUUCCUACUUAACGAAAGAAGAAGUAAAAGAACAACUUAAGAGAAUUAUAUUUAGGGGUGGAAGUACGCAGACUGCCCCGGCUUUGAAGUAUGUUCUUCAAAAAGGAUUUGCAGAUACAAGAAAUACAUCCGUCCCUCGAAUUCUCAUAAUUCUUACUGACGGCAAAUCUCAGGGUAAUGUGACCCAAGUGGCAGCACAGGUGAAAGAAACUGGAAUAACUGUGUUUGCUGUCGGAGUCAAGUUUCCCAGAUGGGAGGAGUUGAAUUUGCUUGCAAGUGAGCCUACUGACAGCCAUGUGCUGUUUGCAGAACACUUUGAUGAUGCUGUCAAUGGCCUCUACACAACAUUGACCAGCUCUGACAUCUGCUCUGCUAUUCCACCAGCUUGCAAACUUGAAUCCCAUGUCUGUCAACGGAAAUCACUAGAAACAGUGAAGGAAUUCAAAGGGAAUUUCAUGUGCUGGAAGGGAUCAUAUGGAUAUGGUGGACCUAUCUCAACACUGUGUCCCUAUUACAGUUGGAAACGGGUUUAUAAGACACAUCUUGCUCGAUGCUACAGAACCACGUGCCCAGAUCCAUGUGAUUCACAGCCCUGUCAGUAUGGAGGAUCUUGCAUCUCAGAGGACUUUGAAAGGUACCACUGUAUCUGCCCUGCAGCAUUUGGAGAAGAUUUUAAUUGCGCUCCUCAGCCAGGUCUUGAAUGCAGUGUGGAUAUUUUACUGCUUCUUGACGGCUCGACAAAAACAACCCUUGAAGGAUUUCUGCGGCACAAAGCCUUUGUGAAGAGAUUUCUCCAGGUGAUACUGUCCGCAGACAGUCAAAUUAACGUUGGAGUGGCACAGUAUAGUUACGGAGUGCAGGUGGAACUGCCGAUGGGACUGCACAUGAAUGUUUCAGAUGUUAUUAGUAAGAUCGACUCGAUCCAGUUCAAAGGGGGCAGCACAAAGACUGGCAAGGCCUUGCGAUACCUUACCCAGGUUGGAUUUAAAACAAGAUCAACAGUUCCGCGUAUUCAGGAGGACCACCCCCAUGUUUUAAUUCUGCUAACAGACUCAAAAGCCGAAGAUUCCAUCGCUGAUUCAGCCAAAUAUGCCAGAGAACGGGAAAUAUUUCUAUUUGCAGUUGGCAGCCACAGUCUUCAGUCUGAUUUAGUCACAAUUACAGGAAAUCCUCAGCAUACUGUCACAUAUUCAAGUCCCCAGCAACUCUUCAAUAAGAUUCCUGAACUAAAAACAGUAAUUUGCAGCAUUGAAAAUCAAGGAUGUUUGUCCCAGCCUUUAGAUCUCGUCUUUGCAUUGGAUGCAUCAUCUGGAGUUGGAAAGGACAAUUUUGAUAAGGUGAAAGACUUUAUGAAAACCAGCAUCAUGCAGUUUGAGAUCAAUCCUGAUGUUACCCAGGUCGGCCUUGUGGUUUAUGGCAGCCGUUCGAGGACAAUCUUUGGCCUUGACACGUUGGAUUCAAACACCAACCUCCAGAAGGCAAUCAGCUUAGCCCCUUAUCUGGGCGGAACUGCCUCCACUGGCAGCGUCCUCCUUCACAUUUACGAUGAAGUCAUGAGUGUCAGAAAGGGAGCUCGACCUGGUGUGAAUAAAGUAGUGGUGGUCCUUACGGACGGGGCAAGCACCGAUGAUGCAGCAGUCCCCGCACGGACUCUGAGGAACAAUGGCAUCACAGUCUUUGCUGUAGGAAUUGGUGAUGCACAGAAGGAAUCGUUGCUAAGGAUUGCUGGCUCCGCUAAUUACAUGAUAACUGUGCCGUCCUAUGAGGAUUUAAAAUAUUUUGAAGAAAGCAUCGCUCACAGGAUAUGUGAAGUGGCCAAGCAACCAGUCAAUUUGUGCAAGCCGAAUCCAUGUAUGAAUGGUGGGGAAUGCAUAGUUCACUUUGCAAGUUAUCAUUGUGAAUGCAAUGGCUGGGAUGGAGUUCACUGCGAACACAGAAUCAGGAGCCCGGAGCCCCGUGGAGAUGUUCCCAGAAACCACAGGAGGCAUCGCAGGCAGAGGAAGCUGCGGCGCUUAAACCGACGAGGAAGAAGGUCCCGCAGAAAGCACAGGCACCGAAAGUACAGGGGUACUUCACUGUAACAGGACUCAUCCUGUCCCGUCUCACAUAGUUUGUAUUGGGCAUGCAAUCACAAAUGGCACAAAUAUCAAGAAGCCCAGUUAGUGUCAACGGCCCAGAGCUUUUCUAAAAUCACUUCAAUGGAUCCCAAAAUGCCUGUACACUUGUACUCGAUUCCAACAAUGUUUUAAACAAAACAACUGGCAAAUGACAAUUUGCGAAGCUAUCCACAUUUCUAACGCAAGUAUUGUGAUAAGGUAGAUUUGACUCUACGAUCAGGUUACUGCGUGGGUUCUCAAACGAAGGUUGUUGUUCAUGCAGAUCUCCAGCAGGAAUGCAAAAUAUGUUCAAACUUUUGUUUACAUCCAUCAGAGUAUGGUUCUUCAUUUUGAAAUAUAGCCCUGUCAAUUGUGGUGUUUUGUUAAAUUUGACUGGUCAUGCAAACCAUGUUUCUCACACGACACUGCAUGUUUUUUUUGUGGUUUCAGAGCAGUAUUGCAUGUUGAGUGUGUUUGUUUUGUUCAUGGAGUUCUGUUUCUUAAAGAAGGUUGGAGGUUUAGUUUUAUGACACAAUGCGGAAACAGGCCCUUCGGCCCACCAAGUCCAUGCUGACCAGCGAUCCCGGCACACUAACACUAUCCUACAUACACUAGGGACAAUUUACAAUUUUACCAAUCCAAUUAACCUACAAAACUGUACGUCUCUGGAGUGUGGGAGGAAAGCAGAGCACCUGGAGAAAAUCCACGCAGGUUACGGGGAGAAUGUACAAACUCCAUAUAGACAGCACCCGUAGUCAGGAUCAAACCCAGUUCUCUGGCGCUGUAAGGCAGCAACCUUGCCACCCUUUACUAUCUUAGUGGAUUUGUCACACAGGUGAGUUCCUUGAUCUGUGAUGAAUAUUAAAUGUGCAAAGAGGGAGGAAUUUAACUGCAAGCUAUCACAGAGUUUGUCCAAACAACCCCUUGUUAGAUAACUAAGCUAUUAUUAACAAGAAAGUGAUUGGAACAACCUUGAUGAUCAAAAGGUUUAAACCUAGGACAGAUCCUUUGAACAUAUUGUGGAUAUUUGUUUCAUUUAGGUAAGAGCCAUGACUACAAAUUUAAAUUAAUUUGGGGUUUAUCUGAGGUUUGAAGCAAUAAAUUAAUUCCCCUGCUAACAUUAAAAACAUUCAUCAAUGGAAGAACAUUUAUGCAAUGGUUGUUCAUGGGAAUCUCAUACUUCCCCAGCAAUAUUAAUAUCCUUAAUCCUAUUUUUUAAUGUAUUAUUUUACAAAUUGAUUAAAAAUCAGGAGAUUGAUUUCGUCUCAUCGGUGGACACUUUUCAUUCAAUUUGGAUCAGGAACGUUUACCAGAAUGUUGCCUGGAUUAGAGGGUUUUACCUAUGGGGAAAGGUUGGAUAGAUUUGGACUGUUUUCUCUAGAACUUCAGAAGCUGAGGGGAGGCUUGAUAGAAGUACGUGCAAUUAUGAGAGGCAUGGAUAGGGUAGACUGUUAGAACCCUUUGUCCAGGAAGUGUGGACUUGUGCAACACGAGAGAGCAUAGCUUUAAAGUGAGUGGGGGAAUGUUUAAUGGAGAUGUGUGGGGCAGGUUUUUUAGCUAGAGAGUGGCGAGGGCCUGGAAUGCAUUGCCUGGAGUGGUGGUGGUGGACGCAGAUAUGAUAGUGGUGUUGAUGAGGCUUUUGGAAAGGUACAUGGAAGUGGUGGGAAUAGAGGAAUAUGGUAAAUAAUUUGGAGAGAGUCCUUGUAUUCUUCUCUGUAUAUCCUGAAUCUGUUUUGUACAUUGCUGAAAAUAUCUGUAUUCCAAGCUUGUUGUUCGUGUAAUAGGUAUUUAACAAUGGCUCGAGUGAAUUGCAUUCUGAAUUGAGUUGAAAGCACCACUUAACAUUGCUAUGCAAUUACAUCACAGAUGUGUAUGCUAGUCAUUUGGAAUGCUAGCAUGCCAUUUUAUUAAAAUUUAAGGUGUGUGCCUGCUUGAAUUCCACCACAAUUGCCUGAUCCCAGAAGUGCAUCCCAGUCUCUUUCCUUUCCGGAUGCAUUUGUCUUUCUUCAUGUCUCUUCUUGUCUUGGUCACUUGGACCUCCUUAUUUGUGGACUUUUUCUCCUGCUGACUCCAUUGACACCUUUCAUUGAUGGUAUAAUAUAAGAAGAAAGACCCAGUGACAUAUUCACAAUGCUUUGCACUGCCAGAAAAAAAUUGAAUACCUGUAUAGAGUGAAUUUAAGAGAACUGUCAUGGAAACAGUAAUAUGAGGAUGUUGGGGAGAGAUUGAGCAGGCUAGGACUUUAUUCCUUGGUUUCAAUAGGAACCUGAGGGGCAACUUUUUUGCCCAAAGGGUUGUGAGUAUAUGGAAUGAGCUGCCAUCGGAGGUAGUUGAGGCAGGUGCUAUAACAACAUUUAAAAGACAUUUGGACAGGUACAUGGUCAGGAUAGGUUUAGAGGGAUAUGGGUCAAAUGCAGGCAGGUGGGACUGGUGUAGAUGGGGCAUGUUGGUCAGCAGGUUGGACUGACGGGUCUGUCUCCACGCUGUAUGAUUCUAAUACUUAGGUUAAAUGUCUCUUGUGGUUGCUCAUUAAUCAAAUAGCUGCAUAUCAUUUUCAGGGUUUCACCUAAUAUGAUAUUUUCUUAUCAUCUAAUAAGCCAUCCAUCGUAAGCAUUGACUUGGAAUGAAGUGGAACCAAUGAGUUGAGUGUAGAUGCCAACCAAAUCACAGCAUGAAGAAAGGUCUCAACCCGAAACGUCACCCAUUUUAUUUUUCCAGAGAUGCUGCCUGUCCUGCAGUGUUACUCUGGCUGUUUGUGUCUAUCUUCGGUUUAAACCAGCAUCUUCCUGCACAGCCGUAGGUUUGUUGAAUAGGUGACCGGGCACACAAUUGAAUCUAAUACCAUGCCACUCUGCUAUUAGCCUGAGUUAACAUGCAUGGAGAUAACUCAAAUACAGAAUAUGACGCAUCCAGCUUAUUAGUAUGAAUCGGCAAAAUAGGAAUUAAAAUGUUGGCGUGAUAGAUCGUCCCCUGUGGCAAUGCAGGGUGUAAUAUAGUCUUCAAGUGAAGUAGCUUUAGCUGGGCAGCUAAUAAUUUGAAAGAGACCCGUCUGCUGCAAUUGGGCCCCUAUUUUCAUGAUAUGUGAUUUUAUGUAAUUAAUAUUUUAAAUCCAGAAGUAAUUUUGGAAGUGAGGAAAUACUGCUUAUCGGAGCAGAAGUUUUGUUUUCCUGAGGUACCUGCUGAAGCGCUGUAAGCUAAAGAACCCAUCUUUACAUUCAUGCAUUAACACUGCAUUGUGAAUCAGGUUGAUCCAGGGGCAUAGUGUGAAAUAAAUAGUGAAAUAUCCCCAUUACGCUUCAGCAGUGACUUUGCCUUCUCUUCUACGUUUAGAGAAACAGCGCGGAAACAGACCGUUCCGCCCACCGAGUCUGCGCUGACUAGCGAUCCUCGUACGCGAACACUAUCCUACAUUCUAGAGACAAUUUACUAUUUUUACUGAAGCCAAUUAGCCUACAAUCCUGUACGUCUUUGGAUUGUGGGAGGAAACCAGAGCACCCAGAGAUAACCCAUGCAAUCGGGGAGAACGCACAAACUUUGUACAGACAGCGCCUGUAAACAGGAUCAAACCCACACACACAAGUUCACACAUGUUAUAGUAGAAUUAGGCCAUUUGGCCCAUUGAUCCUACUCCGCCAUUCAAUCAUGGCUGAUCUCAGCCUCCUAAUCCCAUUUUCCUGCCUUCUCCCCAUAGCCUUUGACACCUGUUCUAAUCAAGAUGUUGUCCAUCUCUGCCUUAAAAAAACAGCCCUCUGUGGCAAAGAGUUCCACAGAUUAACUACCCUUUGACUAAAGAAGUUCCUCCUCACUGUUCUAAAGAGCGCCCUUUAUUUCUGAGGCUAUGACCUCUGGUCCAAAACUCUCCCACCAGUGGAAACAUCCUUUCAUUAUUCUGUAAGUUUCAAUGAGGUCCACCCUCAACCUUCUAAACUCCAGCGAGUAGAGGCCCAGUACUGUCAAAUGCUCAUCAAAUGCUAGCCGGGUCUGUGGUCAUUAUCGCUACUCCACCGUGCCGCACUGGAUCACAGGUGCACAAUAGCAUGGUGUGAAUAGCACAAUUUUUUUUCUUGCUCCCAAAAAGAUAAUGUGCUACCCACCAAAAUGUAAUGAGUGAAGCAGAUGAGUUGAUAACCCUUGAGAUAGUUAGGUUAAACUCUGCCUGGGUCUACAGAGCAAUGUGCAGUACUAUUGGAGACCACCCAAACUGUAAUUUUGACGUGUUAGAAAUGAUGGCGAUGGAAGAUAUUCUUCCCAAAGUUUGGAAUUUUACCUUAGUGUUGAUAAUAGUUCUUUUUAAUAGCAUAGUCAUCAGUUUACUGAAACUAGAAGCGUAUAGGUUUCUUGUGACAUAUUAAAAUUUUGAUUAAAUUCUGUCUAGUAUGUCAGAAUGUAAAUACAUUCCUAUGAACAAUGUGUCAGUGUAUUAUCUUGUAAUGACAAUGUUUAAGUAUUUUGUACAUAACACCUGAUAUUAACCUCUGCACAUUUUAUAUGUUUGCCUGUUAAUGUCGGACGUAGCACAUUAUGAUUUUUACUCAUUGUUUUAAAUCUUCAAGAAGUUCACCAAGAAAUCAAGCUGGCUUGUAACAAAAGCCCAAGUAACAUACUCAAGGGUUCUAUAAUAUUCGAUAUCAAUAAAUGGCCACCAAAUUCUAA